AUGGAAAAUAUUAACAAUUCAUUACCAACACGUUACUUGUUGAAGAUUGAAUCAUUUUCGUUGCUAUCAGAAAAUGGUAUUUCCAAGUAUGAAUCAAAUGAGUUCGAAUCUGGUGGCUUCAAUUGGAAAAUGAUCAUUCAUCCUAACGGAGACGGAGAUGGAGAUGGAGAUGAAACAGGCCAUAUAUCUAUAUACUUGGCUGUUAUUGGGACAAGCUUGUUGAAUACUGUUUGCGAGGUGAAUGCCUCGUUUAGCUUCUUGAUAUUUGAUCAAAUUCAUGACAACUUUACUGUAAUGAAAGGAAUGGAAAGGCGUUUUCGCAAUAUCAAGAAUGAAUGGGGCUUUUCGAAAUGUAUCUCUCAUGAAACAUUCAAAGAUCCGUCUAAUGGUUACCUUGUUGAUGACAAAUGUAUCUUUGGAGUUGACGUAUAUGUCAUCAAGAAGCAGGGAAUAGGUGAAUGUAUGUCCUUAUUGAAUGACACCGAGCCUUAUAAGCACGAAUGGAAGAUUACUGAGUUUUCAAAAUUGAAUGAAGAAGCGUAUUCUGAAGAGUUUACUGUUGGAGAUUAUAGAUGGAAACUUUCAUUAUGUCUUGGAGGUGACAGCCGACAAAAUGGUAAGGAUAUCUACGUGUUUCUUAAAUCAGUUGAUGCUAAAGGAUUUGAUCGCCAAAAGAGAGUACAGGCAGAAUUUAUCAUUUCUCUCAAAAACCAGAUUGGUGGUGAACAUCACAAGUUGUGUGGUUGUGCACAUUGGUAUUCAGCUACUUCAUCAGGACGUGGCUGGUCAUCAUUUAUGCGAUGUUGUGAAUUCAAUGAUCCUAAAAAGGGCUUCCUUAUUGAAGAUUGUUGCAUUGUGGAAGCCGAGGUAUACAAACAUGGAAAAGAGGAUGAAGAAAAAGGGAGGCUGGUGUUGGAAGCUAUGACAGUUGCUCGUGUUAACUGGAAUACUGAAAUGGAUUGUUUAAAAGUCCAGCUUCUGAAACAACACUAUCAGAGGGACCAGGUCAGGUCUGGAAAGCUGCAGGACGCGUUGCUCAUUUGA